UCUAACAGUAAACAACACUAAACUGAUUGCCAUUUAAUUGUGUUUUCAAUUGAAAUGCAAUUAAAUAGCAUUUGUUAUGCAAUCGACUCAUUCAUACACAAAACAUAUAAAUAAAUAAAUCUUUUAUUAUACGAUAAGUCUUACGAAAGCAUUCAUUAAUACAAACACUUUGUGUGUCAACAGAAAUAGUGUCACGAAAUACAAAGACAUCGAUAAACGGACGCAAAAGUGGACACAAUAUCACCGAAAACUUGAUCCCAUUUAGCACUACCGGUCGCCACAAGUAGUUAUGUCGCAGACAGUGGUAACCAAUGAUAACAAUCAGUCGACUGCUCCCCGUUUGGUGGCCAUUGACAGCACCGCCGCUGAGAUAUCGCCGCAGACAACCACACCAUUGACUUUACCGCCGAUGAUACGCGUGUCCAUCGAUGGACAGUCGGUGUCACCGCCGCAGUCGUCGCCAGGCUUACCAACUGUGCCGCCGCCGUCCUAUUCGUCUAUUCCGGGAACAGUUCCCCUCUAUAUGUCCCGUACGGCUGGUCCACCGCCUUCUUAUGAUGAUGUCAUUAAUCCAGAGGCCCCUCCCCCAUCAUACCAGUCCCUGUUUGGACAGGUAAGGGACGCCCGCAAGUCAGCCGCCACUCCAUGGGAUUUCGUACGCAAGCUAUUCAUUAUUCUGAUCGGAACUCUUGGCUGUACGGUAAUCAUUGGCUUCACGAUUGUCAUACCAUUGUCGAUGAUAAUCGUGGGAACGGUGUAUAUGAAUGACUGCAAUGUGGAGAACAUACCGGAGUUUCUGUUC